GAAAGGCAGGGGAAUACCAGGGGAAUCUAGGCAAAGGGCCACAUCCUGUCCUGUCCCUCUAUCUUUGCCCAAAGCUCUGCUAGACAUGCCCCCCUCCCCGGCCCCCAGUGCGGGGCCAGGGGGUUGGCGGCUCCCUUGGCUGGUAUGAAGAGCUGAGAACAUACCCUUUGCAGGACCAGGUGACUGAGGUGAAGGCAUGUGGCAGCUGCUGAUCCUGCUGGCCCUGUGGCUGGGCACAGCGGGCUUGGGCAGGGCCGAGCUCACAGCAGCCCAGCACCAGGGCCUGCAGGUGGCCCUGGAGGAAUUCCAUAAGCACCCGCGAGUGCAGUGGGCCUUCCAGAAGACCAGUGUGGACAGCGCCAUGGACAAGCCCUCCCAGGCGGGGACCUUUGUGAGGCUGGAAUUUACGCUCCAGCAGACAGGCUGUGGGAAGAAGGACUGGAAGAGAACUGACUGCAAGGCCAAGCCCAAUGGGAGGAAGCGGAAAUGCCUGGCCUGCAUCAAGCUGAACCCUGAGUUUAAAGUCCUGGACCGGAUGGUCCACUGCCCCAUAGAGAUGCAGACUCGACAGGGGCCCAGGGAGCACCAGGAGGCCCAGUGCAGCAGGAUUGAGCAGGCCCAAGAAGGAGCCCACAGAUACUACUUCCCAGGACAAUUUGCCUUUCUCCAACACCCUGCCUCCGGCUGAGGCCCUGACUGAAUUCAGUCUUGCCUUCUGGACAGCUGUGGAAUGUAACGGGUGAAUCAGCCUGGGGAGAUCAUCUAAUGACCCCCAAAUUAAUAAAAAUGCUCUCAGAGCUGUUCUCU